AAAGUCGAUUAUGGCCCGCAGUUUCGAUUGUGUAUGCAUUAUUGCGAGAUCACCGAGGGGUGUCGCUUCGCCACUUUUUACACUGGCCAUGCUCACGGUUUGUGCCAGCUCACAGAAACGUGUAUCGUACAAGCGCAUGAUAAUCAUCACACUACCAGUGUCAUCCACCGUUUCAACCCGCCAUUUCCGCCACCUCCGGAGGACAAGAAGGGUCAUCCCAACGCAGAGCUAGCAGCAGCAAGUACGCCAGCGACGAAAACUACUGAGGAGCACGACGCUGGAAUGGCUGUUGUAGUAGACGGAACAGGCGAGGAUAAACAGGAAGCAAGUGAGGAUGGGCAGAAAACGAUCCAAGCACCGGUGAAAGACAGUGACAGAGAUUCAUCAAUCGCGGUGGACGAUCCUUCAUCAAAAAUGGAGGUUGAGACGGACGAGGGUCAAAAAGAAACCUCCAAUGGCCUUAUUUCCUCAGGAGUUGGAGACGCGAUGGAAGUCGAUGAGGACAACUCCAGGACGUCGAUGGCAGGAGCUCAAGGAGGAGAAGGAGAGCAGGCAAAGCCAAAUCCAGCUCAAGACUUGUCGUCUGGUCUCCUUGUCACGACGGGGAGCGCGCUGCAAGACACACAACAAGGUAGUUUUGCCUCAGCAAGAACGGAUGCAGGAUCAGAUGUUCAGCUCGAGAAUAACAGCCCAUACACGCAAACUGUCGACGGAGCACUACUGCUUGACUCGCCUGGAGUCGUGGCAAGACCAGCGGCGCUAGGAACUGCUGGCCCGACUUUGGCUGGUCCGACUCUGAACCGUGCUGGUGGUGGUCUUUCCCAUGGACGACGAGAAACCUAUUGUCAGCGUUGCUACCAGGAACAAG